CAGCGGCGUCCUGCAAACUAACUUUCCCCUGCAAUGGGGGUGGGCCGGAUGUGGGCCGCCGAGGCCGCGCGAGCCGCGGGGCUGGGCCGUCCCCGAGGGCUGCUAGCGCGGGAACGCGGAGGCCUGCAGGGCUGCUACUGCGUGCCGACAGCUAAACGCUCAGCCCCCUUCUCGCUAUUCCCUGUUGCGCCGUUUGUUAACCUUAGUCCUAGGAGGCGCGUUGGCCGCCUCAGUGCAGUGUCCGCAGGACAUUCCUGACGCCCAUGCGAGUUUCAGAGUUCUGAUUUCGAAACGGACGGUUCUUGAUGCUGCUGCCACUUGUUUUAACGAUUUGGGGUAACCCCGACCCCAGAUGGUCGGUUAAAAAAUGCAUGAGCUAUAAUUGCCGUCUCAACGGUUCUGCAUUUACCGUUUCUUUGGCAGCGUGCUAAUGGCUUGUUGGGCUUUCUGGAUAUGUUUGGGGUACCUGGCUGAAAGUUAAUUCAGAUUACUGAUGUGUGGCUGCUGGUUGGCCUUGAACUUGACUUUCGUUGACACUUCGGGAGUUUAGGAUCCAUCUCUACAUGGAUGUCCCUGGGAAGUCGCUAUCAGCUGGAUGAAAUUAAUUCCUAGCACGGUAGUCUAAGUAAAAUGUUGUAACCAACGUGGAUACCCCGGGAGGUCACUCUCCCCGGGCUCUGUCCAGGUGGCGUAGGGGAGCAUAGGGCUCCGCCCCGUGAUGUACAGUCCUUUUCCACAACGUUGGAGAUGAAGCCGGGCCUUGAGUCUGCGCCUGCAUAUUCCUACAGCUUCUCAGAGUCCUGUGGACCAUGACUGAGGAGACAAACCAUGCAGGAAACAGCUCUAGAGCACCGCACCUGGAUCUAAGUAGAUCCGGAGUGAAAGAAAAAUUUGCUUUGAUCGGUUCUACGGUACUGCUGGAUUAAGCUUUUACCUACCUUGUUUUGCAGUGUUUGCUCAAGAUUCCAAAUGAUUUGAGGUGAGUAAAACUACGGGUUGCUUUUGGCUCAUCAGUGUUUGCCUGUCAGUAUUUUGCGUAAAACAUUUAACCAUUCUGAGUUUAGUUCCUUUCGCGAACAUGAUGCUACUGUUCGAUACAUUGUUACAUCUUUAAUUCUCGUGUGAUGAGGAAGAUUUCUACUUUGCAAAUGAAAAAACUGACCGUUUCGGUGUCAUAGCCAAGGUCAGGUAGCACAACUUGCGCAUGAGCCAUAUAACGUGUGUCUCCUCCAUGUGUGUAAAGAAGGUAAGAGUUCAGUAUCAUGGACAAUCCUUUCCACCAUAGAGGAGAUCAAGUUGCGCAUAUGCAUAUUCCUACAAUGAAUAACGGGUUCAGUAGAUGAACCAUGAAAUAGUCUCAGAUCUACAUGUGUAGUAUGGGAUGAAAUCUCUUAAAUGUUUUGAGGGGUAAUAAUGCUGUUUAAUCAGGCGUUCCAACGUGGAUACCCCGGGAGGUCACUCUCCCCGGGCUCUGUCCAGGUGGCGUAGGGGAGCAUAGGGCUCCGCCCCGUGAUGUACAGUCCUUUUCCACAACGUUGGAGAUGAAGCCGGGCCUUGAGUCUGCGCCUGCAUAUUCCUACAGCUUCUCAGAGUCCUGUGGACCAUGACUGAGGAGACAAACCAUGCAGGAAACAUCUACUAUACAAUUUGCAGUUUAAGUAAGAUGGUAAAUAUGAGUCUAAUCCUCUUUUUUUUUUUUUUUUUUCCAUUUUCAUUCAGGAGAGAAGAACCUCACCACCAAACUUUGGCAGAGAGACUUGGACAGGAACAUGCCACCCAAGCGUAUAGCUAAGAGAAGGUCACCUCCAGAAGAUGCCCUCCCCAAAAGCAAGAAGGCGAAGGUCUCACAUAGGUCCCACAGCACAGAACCCGGCUUGGUGCUGACGCUGGGCCAGGGCGAUGUGGGCCAGCUGGGACUGGGCGAGAAUGUGUUGGAAAGGAAGAAGCCAGCCCUGGUGGCCAUUCCAGAGGAUGUUGUGCAGGCCGAGGCUGGGGGCAUGCACACUGUGUGUCUAAGCAAAAGUGGUCAGGUCUACUCCUUCGGCUGCAAUGAUGAGGGUGCCCUGGGAAGGGACACAUCAGUGGAGGGCUCAGAGAUGGUCCCCGGGAAAGUGGAACUACAAGAGAAGGUGGUACAGGUGUCAGCAGGAGACAGUCACACAGCAGCCCUCACCGAGGAUGGCCGUGUCUUCCUCUGGGGCUCCUUCCGGGACAAUAAUGGUGUGAUCGGGCUCUUGGAGCCCAUGAAGAAGAGCAUGGUGCCCGUGCAAGUGCAGCUGAGUAUGCCUGUGGUGAAGGUGGCCUCAGGAAAUGACCACUUGGUGAUGCUGACAGCUGAUGGCGACCUCUACACUUUGGGCUGCGGGGAGCAGGGCCAGCUGGGCCGUGUACCUGAAUUAUUUGCUAAUCGUGGUGGCCGGCAGGGCCUUGAACGACUCUUGGUCCCCAAGUGUGUGAUGCUGAAGUCCAGGGGAAGCCGGGGCCACGUGAGGUUCCAGGAUGCCUUCUGUGGCGCUUACUUCACCUUUGCCAUCUCCCACGAGGGCCAUGUAUACGGCUUUGGCCUCUCCAACUACCAUCAGCUUGGAACCCCAGGCACAGAAUCUUGCUUUGUACCCCAGAACCUGACAUCCUUCAAGAAUUCCACCAAGUCCUGGGUGGGCUUCUCUGGUGGCCAGCACCAUACAGUCUGCAUGGAUUCAGAAGGAAGAGCAUACAGCCUGGGCCGGGCUGAGUAUGGGCGGCUGGGCCUUGGGGAGGGUGCUGAGGAGAAGAGCAUACCCACCCUCAUCUCCAGGCUGCCUGCCGUCUCCUCAGUGGCUUGUGGGGCCUCUGUGGGGUAUGCUGUGACCAAGGAUGGUCGUGUUUUUGCCUGGGGCAUGGGCACCAACUACCAGCUGGGCACGGGGCAGGAGGAGGAUGCCUGGAGCCCCGUGGAGAUGACAGGCAAACAGCUGGAGAACCGUGUGGUCUUAUCUGUGUCCAGUGGGGGCCAACACACAGUCUUACUAGUCAAGGACAAGGAGCAGAGCUGAUGAAGCCUUGAGGGCCUGGCUCCCGGCCCCACCACCCUCCCUCCCGGAACAGGGAAGCCGUGACAACCACAGAUUCCAGCAGGCCUCCCCCAGCCCCAAGGACUCUGUUAUCUCCUGCCUUUUUCCCAUCAGCAGAACAGAAUCUUUUCCGUCUUUUUCUUCCUCCUGUCUGGAAUCAUCCUUGGACCUACAGGAUAAAGAGGGGAUGGAAGAGGGGAGAGAGUUUUAUCAGAAUGAACAUUGCUCAUGCCAGAGCUAUGUGGUUAGACCUUUCCCCCCUCAUUCCUACCUCCCAUGGUCCUGGCUAACCCUGGUUUGCCUACCAAAAACCAAAACUUCCUCCCCUGGUUGUUUGGUGCCCACACUCUGAGAAUCGGGGCUCCUACUCUAGUCAUGUGCCACUCUUCUGUCCUUCACAGUCCACAGGCAGGCAAAUGGUAUAGUCAUCAGACCCGGCUGUCAUGGACCUGUGCCUGGGGGAAACUGGAGAAGGGGCAGGGCUACUCAGCCAUGGGCAACCCCAAGCCAAAUAUUUGGCCCUGAACAGGUGCCCAUGGAGCAAAAAAAAAAAGAUCCUCCACUUGAUCAAGAAUAAAGCCAAUCAGCCUUUCUCCCAGAAGCACAAAGCAUUCUGCUCUUCAGGUAUUACCUUCCUAUCCAUCCGUCCAACCUGCCUCACCUGCAGCCAAGGGCCUGAAAUCUGGGAAGGAAGCCACACCUACAGGGCAGGACAUGGUGGGGGAAAGAGAAGCGGGGUUUUAUAAACAAACUUAUAGCAAUAUUGAUAGUGAAGGGAGGGAGGGGAAGAGGGUUGGAGGGGCAGAGGCUGGUCCCCAGAAGGGGAGGCAGCAGCUUGGACAGUGGCUGAGAAAAUAGAAAACAGUUUUGAUUUUUUUAAAUGUAAAGUAUUUUGGAGGGGAGAGUGAAAUCUUUUAACACUUUGAAUAAAUUUAGAGUUUUAUAAAACA